AUGUCAGCCAACAAAAACGUCGUAUUCGACGUCGUAGGAACCCUCGUCUCCUACGACCGCAUUUACAACGCCAUCGACACCCGUCUAGGCCCCAAACUCCGCGAACAUAGCGUCCAACCAUCCUUUCUAGGCUACACCUGGGUCGAAGUCGCCGAACGAGAAUACACUUAUCUCAGCGUAUCAGGCGCCUACACCCCCUACGCCACCAUCUUCGAAAAGAUAUUCCACCGCAUGCUCUACCAAGCCGGCAUUGCUGACCCCGCGUCUGUCGGCACAGACGAGGACCUCGCGUAUAUCAUGCAGGAAUACGCGAAUCUAGACCUUCGCCCUGGAGCGCUGGAAUGCGUACAGAAUCUUCAGGACGCCGGGUUUACGGUUUGGGCGCUCACGGCCGGUGAUUUAAAUCGGGUCGGUGCGUAUCUGCGUAAUGCGGGUGUUGAGAUGCCCUCGGAGAAUCUCCUAUCGUGUGAUACGGCUGGUGUUGGGAAGCCGGAUCCCGGGGCGUAUCGGCCGUUGUUGGAAAGAUUGAGGACGGAGGGUGAGGAGAAGCCGUGGUUUGCGGCGGCGCAUAUGUGGGAUGUUUCUGCGGCGAGGCGGACGGGAUUCAAAGGGGCGUAUUGCACUGUGUAUGAGAAGCAGCCACUUCCGGAGUUGUUUGGGGAGAUGGAGGUGACUGCCGAUAGUUUACCGGAAAUGGCAGCAGGGAUUAUUGCAUCUGGGGGUUAA